GUAUCGCGUCGGUCGUCGCCAUCAAAUUGAGAAGAAGCCGUUGAAUUGAAACGAAACGUUACGUCGAAGCUACCAGAACAACGUCGUUGGGUAGCGGGUGGAGGCGGGGAGGCAAUGAACAAAGUAAAGAGAAGAGAGGCUCGCUCGGAGUAGAAAAGAAACGAAAAUGAUGUGUCAAUGGUGGAUGGAAGACAGAACAAUGAAAGGCGAAAACUAAGGGAUGAAGCUAGAAGAGACGUCGUCAGCAGAUCAAAGUGUGUGGCAUGGCAUGUAAUAGUACAAAGGCUGAAAGCGGCGAAGCAUGAUGGUACGAAGGUCGGGAUCAAGAUCACGUGAUGGAUCUAUUGAAUGACGAGACAACUACAUAAACUACACGGACCAGAAGACGACGAUCCUUUCUAUUCGUUCAUGACCUAUCUCUGACUCAAAUGUAGGCACUUCCCAACGUGUCAAGUCCCCCUUAUCCCUUAUUUCUCCCGCAGGUACCCGUUGAAUCUCUCGUGGCUUCGAGUCUGGACUGAGCUGGCUAUAAGCUCAAGGCACAUCUUUUCUUGGCGCCACCUCCACCAGGCGGACCCUGGAUUCGGGGACGGUUACCCACUGUGCCUUAAUUAGAUCGCCCUAAAACCAGGUGCCCCCUAGCUAGGUGCAGCUCACCUCAGUUUCAGCUCGCUUCGACGUCAUUUCCCAACUUGAACUUUGAAACUUUCAACAUCACAGCCAAAGACCAACUCUACACAAACAAGCAUGAUCUGCUGUAGAGUAUGGCCAUCAGGCAACUUCCUCAAGAUGUCGUCGACAAGAUUAAAUCAUCGGUGAAUAUCACUUCUCUGAACGGCGUUGUCUGCGGUCUUAUUACAAACUCUUUAGACGCUGGCGCAUCCAAGGUCAACGUCUCGAUCGACUACAGCAGGGGAAAUUGUACCGUUGAAGAUAACGGGUCCGGAAUUCCACCCGAAGAAUUUAAAGAUGGCGGGGGCCUCGGGAAGCUCCACCAUACAUCCAAGUUCCCUUCAAGGUCUUCUGUUCAUGGGAAUCAUGGCGAUUUCCUAGCAUCCCUUGCUACCUUUUCCCUUCUGACCAUCACAUCUCACCACCAAAGGCAUAUUUCACACAAUUCUAUCUCGUUUCACAAUUCUCGAAUACUGGCUAGACAAUUGCCUUCGCCCCCUGAAUCACGGCUUGUCAACUUUGAUCAUGGCACUCGUUCGACGGUUCGAGAUCUCUUCGGCAAUAUGCCAGUUAGGGUCAAACAGAGAGCCACGUUAGCUGAAAGGUCUGCUCUUGACAAAGAAUGGUCGAGGUUGGUUCGAGCUGUCGUAGGCCUGCUUCUUGCUUGGCCAUUAGGUGUAUCCGUUUCACUCAAGAACGCAGCAAGCCAGCGUGAGUUAUGGUUCCGGCCAGCAGAAAAAGCAGACAUCAUGUCUAAAACCUCUCGACUUCUUACACAAGCUGGCCUUGCCAACUCGGGCGAUGCAGGUUCCUGGGUGCCCAUAUCAGCAUCAUGCGGGUCGAUUUCCGUCAAAGGCGCUAUCUCCACGAAUCCUGUUGCGACACGGCGCUCUCAAUUUAUUAGUCUUGGGAUUAGGCCAAUCAACAACGAAUUUGGCACUGAUGUUCUUUAUGAAGAAAUCAACAAGACCUUUGGAAACUCUAGCUUUGGUGUGAUUGACAGUGAUGAAGACCAAAACGGUGACUCGCGGAAACUUGAUGAGGUCACGGGAAGAGAUUUGAGAAGUCGAAAGGGGAUCGAACGGUGGCCCAUGUUCUAUCUCAAAAUCACCGCUACUGGGUUAGAGGGGCUCGAUAGCCCAGAUCGACUUGACAGUCAGGGCCGGACGCUGUCUGCGAUCAUUGAUCUUUUGAAGGCAACAUGUUACGGAUUUCUCAAAAAGCAUCAUUUUCGUCCACAAAAAGUUCGCCUAACCCCUGAGGAAUCGUUAUUCUCGACAGCAAGAACGUUGGGCCGGCCGAAAAAGCCUAAAAAGCAACCGCCCUCAUCAUCGAACAGCUCGAGAGCUAGCUCUGUCACUCCCAUCUCCAGAUCUGGUUCACUUGAAGCACGAGCAGACAGCCCCUUUGAGGGUUGGCACCGAAUCAAAGUUGGGAGAGCUACGCCACUCAGCGCCACCUCGAAAGCGGCAGAUGUUCGUACAAAGAUGCGAGAGGAGUCACCGCUGGGACGUCUUGUUGGAGAAGGCGGGAAACUGUUGCGAAAACCGUUUGAUGAGCCAUCCCCUGAACCGGAAGCCGAGAAGACAGGCUCGUCUGCAAACAGUGGUGUGAUCUCGGGCGCAUGUACUGUUGACGGCGCAUCAGGUGGCGGUGACACAAGCAGCAGUGUUACCUGUCAAGGUGCACAGAAGCGAGACAAACAUCCUAGCAAAUGGCUCCAGGGUGUCAUCAGAUCAUGGGAGAAUCCCAUUUUUCAACCUGUAGAACCGUCUGUGCCGUGUAUCGAUAGCUCAGCACAAGAUCAGCUGCAUGCGUGUGGACAUGGAAGCGGUCAUGUUGGGUUUGAAACAGGGACCAUGAGCCUCAAUGGGCGAAUCUCACGUCACGCGCUUGCUCACGCUACCGUGAUAGAACAGGUCGACCGCAAAUUCAUCUUGGUCAAGUUACCACUAGAAAGUUCGACAUCUGGGACUUUGGCGCACGAGAAACAGAGUUCUGCGUUGGUCAUGCUCGAUCAACAUGCAGUUGAUGAACGAUGUCAGCUUGAAGAUCUCAUGGCAAACUAUUUCACCCACGACUCCUUGGUGAAUCAAACGUCGCCCGUCAUAGAACCUCUCGACCGACCCAUAAUCUUCGAAAUCUCAAAGGAGGAAUGGUCUCUUCUAGAACAACAUCACGAAUACUUUGCUGCUUGGGGCAUCACAUACCAAACACCCGUCUCCUCACAAAACAAAAUCCUAGUAACAGGCCUCCCUCCAAGCAUCAUUGAGAGAUGCCGACUAGAACCGCGACUUCUCAUUGAACUUUUACGAACAGAAGUUUGGCGAAGCGUGGACAGUAGUGUUCCACUUGUGCGACCAUCAACUACUGCCCCUGACAAACCUUUGAUAUCACGUUUCAACGGGUGUCCAAGGGGUAUUCUGGAAUUGCUACACUCCAGAGCCUGUCGAAGUGCAAUCAUGUUCAACGAUGUUUUGUCGGUAAAGCAAUGUGAGGAGCUCAUCUCUCGCCUGUCACGUUGCGCAUUUCCUUUUCAGUGUGCGCAUGGUCGACCCAGUAUGGCACCCUUGAUUGAUCUUGGAAACGGGGGCAAGUUUGGCGGUUGGCAAGAAUCGAAACGGCAGAAGACGGUUUCGUGGAAGAGCUGGAUAAAGGAGUCAUGAUGGGUUGUGGGAAUUUCUUGAUACCCUUGUUACAUAGAUCAUGGUUUUACAUUUCAGCAUGAGUAUAGACUUUCGUGCGCCCAAAGCAAAGUUUCAUUGAACCGCUUGUGUGAAGCAAACAUGCAAGCAACUAGGGAUAUCUUUCUAGGUUUACAGGCCGUUUGAUGAACUCGAACAAAGAUCCCAGAGAUGAAAACAGCAAUCAUCUCUAUCAUCGACGCCUCAAUAGCAAGCCACACUGACCAGCGAUAUGCUAAAAUCCGCUCUCCUCCAACGCCGUAAUAUAGAUCCAACGCCUCAUGUGCAACAAAGGCCUGGCUACCUUUGUAUGACCCAUCGUAAAGAGAAAAGGUAUGAUUUGUGAAAUUUAGGUCGUGGCUCAUUUCGUUGAUUCGCAGCUCAUAUGCGAGAUCGAAUGUAAAUCAGAAAUAGUGAGUUACUCAAAAGGAUGAGUAUAAGCGGUGAGCGUUUAGGGCGCUGCGGCUUCCUGCGGCUCCUCAGCCUGCGGAUUUGCGGCUGCCUCGGCCAAAUGGCGAUCAACGGCGCCGAGCUGUCGCUGCUUCGCUUCCUCUUCGGUCUCCUUGAUCCAAAUCUUGUUGUCAUGAUCCCAACGGUGUCUGUAACCUAUGUUAGCAAGUGAAGGUUUGAGGGGACGCCCCGCCAACGGUAUGAUGGCGAAACGGCUAUGGUGGCAACAUACCCUGCCCAACUCUCGGUGACCAAACUCUUUGUAUCAUACUCGUCAACCAAGAUCUUAUUGAAGUUGAACGGAACGCGAGCUUUGACGCCCUCGAACUCGGUGAUACGCAUAGGCCAUAAGUCCUGGCUCUUAUACCGAUGCUUGUUUUUGCAGCUCCAGACACCUGGGCGAUCUGCCUCGCGCUCACGGAGGCCAGUAAUAUCAACGUACAUGCCAUUCUGCAUGUCAAUCCAACGGCCAUCAAUAAUAUUCCUUCCGUCAGAACGGUCGAUAUCAACGUGGUGGGGGUUGAUAUCUAGAAGGUAUUUCUUGGAGAUGAACUCCCCUGUUGCAGUUUCGGUAUAAUUCCAACUAUGCUCGGUACGGUUGAGGUUGUCGCCGAUCCAUUGAAGGGUAUUGUUUGACACUUGAACAUCAAGAUCAUAGUCCCAAGGCAUGAUCUGGCCGUUCCACCACCAACCAAGAAGGGUUCCAUGAGCAAUCCAUGUUUCCACGCCGUAACUGUUCAUAUGGAACAAAUAGCUUCGAAUCAGAUCUCGGAGAACGAGACGGUGUUCUUCAUACGAGACCUUCGAUUGGAAAUAACGGUUAUCGUAAUGACCAAGCUCGAUGUUUCGACCGGCUUCGACGAAGUAUUUUGGUGUCUUUUCAUCUGCACGUUUGGCAAUCGACGACGAAGCUUCAGCCUCUCGAGUUUUGUGGAAUAGUGGAGGAAAUGCGAGAGCGGCGGUUGUUGAAGAGAAGGAAGCGAAGCCCCAGAGGAGCAGCGACUUUACUGAACGCAUGCUUGCUGCUGUCCCGUUGGAUUAUGCUGAUGGUAUGAAGGAAGACGGAGGAGAGGUUGGCAGUCGAAGGAAGCGUAUGCGGAGGCGAUGCGCUUGAUUUGUAGAGGGAGGAAUGUCAUGCAACGGGAGGUGGGCGGAUCGGAUCGUCACAAAGUUGAACUCUCGAUAAAAAAAGAAGUAAGGGAGAAGAAGUAGCAAUACUUUUUGAUCCAAGAGAAAAAGGAGAGAAUGUCGUGAUAAGGAGAGGAAUACGUAUGAAGUAUCACAGACAAUGUCAACAACACAUGUUUGUUAUUAGGAGAGACGAGAAGAGGAAGCACAGAGAUAAGGGAAUGGAAAGAAGAGACAAUGAUGAGGAUCUCUUUCCUUGAAAUGAAUGACGGAAGAUGUGGGUUCCCUUAUCCCCAGCGGAAGGAACGACCCGAGCAGGGGAAGAGAAUAAGAAAGACGCAAGUGCAAG